AUGGCCUCUUUCGCCAACAGCGGCUUCUUCGCCAGCCGGUACAAGUUUCGCCUUCACAUCGUCCAGCUUGUCCUCAUCCAUAUUGUCCUGGGUCUUGCAGGCGCGCGUGUCUUCAUGAAAAACCAGCCCCGGGGCAGGGGUAACACAAUAGCCCUUGGCAUGGGCGCCAAAUCCUUGAUUAUCAUAUUCUAUCAGCUGGCCACGGAACAUAUUGCGCGUUUCCGAAGGUGGUCGAGCCUCAAGGCUUUUGCCAUUCUCAACUGCCUCGAGAUCGUUUUCUGGGGUGCUGUUAUCUUCCUUGUCAUGCAAGGAAACCUCCAGAGAUGUGAGGGAACCGGCUGUAUCUUGAACUGGAUCGUCUUUGGUGUUGCGAUUGUCAUUUCCAUCCUUUCGUCAUGGGUAGCCGUCAUCUCCGUCUUGGACUUCCGCUUCUUCCGCGCCAACGGCGUCCGCCGUGACGACGUUUCCCUGCGAGGCGGAAGCGAGAGCGGCGUGCCAUUCCAGAGCAACCCUGUGCAGCGCAACAGCCGUCAGUCGCAUCGCAACAGCCAUUCGCGCAGCAACAGCAACCAGCACCCGAAGAGCCCAUCACACCGUAAGAGCUCCUCGCAUCAGCACAAGAGCUCCUCGCAUCAGCACAAGACCCACAGGCAGCACAACAACCCUCAGUACGACAGCAGCCCACAAUAUGAGACUAGCCCUUCGUACGAGGCCAACCCUACGUAUUACAACAACCAGCAAUACACAAGCAACCAGGCGAAAUAG